UGAAGUCAAAUUCACUCGCGUUUAACUCCGAAUUUCAUCUACGCGUAACUUCAAAUCUCUCUCCCCCGCGGCUAUGGCGAUAGAGCUCUUUCGCUCCUCGCCGCGCGCUUUCUUUUCGGGGUCUCGCCCAUUUUCGAAGGCGUUGCCAGUCUCUGCCUCUGCACUCUGUUUCUUCUCCGCAGAUCAAUGAGUGAAUGUGCGUGUACCAGAGUUCCGUACACUUCCUUAGGGUUUCUGAUGGCGCUUUGGAGCCCAUUGAGGACUCAAAAUCUUCGAAUCUAUUGGGUGUCUUUCAGAUUUUUUUGCCGGUUAAUUAAAGCAUGUGUGGUGGCCCGGAGCAUUUAAAUCCCCAACCAGCACUAUCGUCUUACCAAGAAAUCAAAUCUUUAACCCAAGCUAUGAAUAAACCUAGCGGAACAGUUGAAUCCGAGCAUUCUUUCUCCAUUUUACUUGAGCUUGCAGCUGAUAAUGAUGUAGAGGGUUUUAAGCAAUCUAUCUGUAAUGGUUCUGCGAUCAGCGAGAUUGGACUAUGGUAUGGUCGUCAGGGGUUUUCAAAAAGGAUGGUUAUUGAGCAUAGAACCCCGUUAAUGGUCGCUGCUAAAUAUGGCAGUGUUGAUGUUGUCAAGCUAAUUCUCUCUCUUUCUGAGGUGGAUGUUAAUCUCUUCUGUGGCCCAGAUAGGAGCACUGCACUUCACUGUGCUGCUUCUGGUGGAUCUGUUGGUGCUGUGGAUGUUGUUAAGUUGCUUUUACUUGCUGGUGCUAAGCCUAAGGCCACCGAUGCACAUGGACAUUGUCCAUUUGAUGUUAUUGUUGCUCCUCCUAAUCUACCCAAUUUGAAGGUGCUGCUCAAAGAACUUUUAACAAAUAAUUCCUCUGCUUGUCAGCAGGAUCUGCAAGUUUUAGCUGUGGAUUUGAGAUCUAGUUCUCCGCCCCUCCCAUCAUCCCCAAAAAAUGGUUCCUUGUCCUCUGUCUCAAAUCCAAUAUUGACUCCUGUAUAUUGUAAGCCUAAUAGCAUAAAUGUUUCUUCUGCGCCAGAGAAGAAAGAAUACCCAAUUGACCCAUCUCUUCCUGACCUCAAGAGUAGCAUUUAUGCUACUGAUGAGUUCCGAAUGUUUUCAUUCAAGAUUCGGCCUUGUUCUCGAGCUUAUUCUCAUGAUUGGACGGAGUGUCCUUUUGUUCAUCCAGGUGAGAAUGCCAGGAGAAGAGACCCAAGGAAGUACCAUUACAGUUGUGUACCAUGUCCAGAGUUUCGGAAGGGGACUUGUAGACGGGGAGAUUUGUGUGAAUAUGCUCAUGGGGUGUUUGAGUGUUGGCUACAUCCGGCACAAUACCGAACUCGACUUUGCAAGGAUGGCACAAGCUGCAUGCGCCGGGUUUGCUUCUUUGCCCACAUGCAUGAGGAACUCCGACCCCUUUAUGCUUCUUCUGGAUCUGCAAUGCCUUCUCCUCGAUCAGCCUCUGCUGCCACUGUCAUGGAUAUGGCAGCAGCCUUGAACAUGUUUCCCAGCUCCCCCUCAGCAGGGUCUGCCAUGUCACCUACUCCAUUUUCUCCAUCCAUGUCUCCUUCUGGUAAUGGUAUUUCUCAUUCAUCCAUGGCCUGGGUUCAGCAGAACAUCCCCACUUUGCAUCUUCCAGACAGCAAUCUCCAAAUGAGUCGGCUGAGAUCUUCUCUCAAUGCAAGAGACCUUCCUGCUGAGCACUUUAAUAUGUUGCAGGAUUUUGAAAUGCAGCAACAGCUGCUCCUUAAUGAUUUGUCCCGCUUAUCACAGCCUCACAUCAGUACUUCCUCUGUGAAUCUUUCUGGCCGUUCAAAAUCCCUGGCUCCCUCAAAUCUAGAUGAGCUUUUCUCUGCUGAGGUCUCAUCCCCUCGAUAUUCUGAUCAACUUGUGGGUUCAUCUGUUUUCCCCUCAUCACACAAAUCGGCUCUUUUUAAUCAAAUCCAGCAGCAGCAAAGCAUGAUAUCUCCUAUUAAAACUAAUGUGUUCCCGGUGAAGAAUGCUGAUCAUCCUUUCUUGCAGCCUUCAUUUGGCGUUUCCUCACCUGGGAUGAUGUCACCUCGGAGCAUUGAGCCUCCAUCUCCAAUGGGAUCUCGGGCUGCUGCACUUGCUCAUCGUGAGAAGCAGCAGCUACAAUUCCGCAGUUUCAGCUCACGAGAUCUUGGAUCAAACCUCCCACAUGAUCUCGGAUCUAACAAUAUUGGUUCCCGGAUGAAUUCUUGGUCAAAAUGGGAGUCCCAAAAUGGGAAAGUAGAUUGGUCAGUUCAAGGAGAUGAAUUAGGGGGGCUUCGUAAAUCAUGUUCAAUUGGACAUAAUAGAGAGGAGCCUGAUGUUUCAUGGGUUCAAUCACUGGUGAAAGAAUCACCAUCCGAUGCAAAAGAAAAUACAGCAGUUCAAGUCUCUAGUGCGGCACUGUCAGCUGAGGGUUCUGAUUCUACGCCCCAGAGUGAAUCCAGUGAUCAGGCUGUUUUGGGAGCGUGGCUCGAGCAGCUGCACCUUGAUCAGAUUGUUGCUUAGUGAAAAUGAUAUCAUUUUUACUGAGCCGGAGGUAGUUAAAGCUGAAUUAUUAAUUCUUUUAGUUUGUUGGUAAUGUGGGAGUUAAGAAGGUCACAGCAAUAAAUGAAGGAAAAGGAAGGACAAAGUCUGAGAUAAAUAUUAUUCGUUUAUCCAUUUAUUGUCAUUACAGAGGUCAGGAAGGGAUGAGAAACCCUAUCUGGGUUAUUUUGCAAAGACCCAGCCCAGGUUAGGUAAUUUCUUCCGAUACUUACCAUAACUAGGUCAAUUUUUUUUUUUUUUUAAUAAUAGAUUACAUGUUUAUUUGAUAUUAACUAAAGUCUUGGGGUUUAUUCGUUUUAUAUCAAAUUAUUAUAUUUGUAAUGGGGUUGAGGGGGAAUUUUUUUCUUCUUGCAUGGGGUUUUUGUAAUGCUUUGAGAAGGUCGUUGGGAGACAAGAGCACAUUUAUUUAAGAAGAAGAAAAAUGGUGUUGCUGAUGUGUUCCAUUUGCGGGUGAAUUAUUUUGGGAACAGAUAGUGACAGGAUGUAGGGCAUUUGGUUCUUUGAUGAUGUAACAUUAAAUUAACGUUUCUUAUUGUCUAAAUUGUUGUUCCAAUA